GCGGCCCCGGCCCCGGCUGCCCGGGGCGGCGGCUUUAGGGCCGGAGGAGGGGCCGAGCUGGAGGCGCGGGAGGAGAAGGUGGUGUACUCGCGGUCGCAACUGUCGCUGGCCGACAGCACCAAGGCACUGGGCGACGCCUUCAAGCUGUUCAUGCCCCGCAGCACGGAGUUCAUGAGCUCGGACGCGGAGCUCUGGAGCUUCCUCUGCAGCCUCAAGCACCAGUUCUCCCCGCACAUCCUGCGCAGCAAGGACGUCUACGGCUACUCCUCCUGCCGGGCCCUGGUCCCCGACCCCCCGCCGCCCCCCGCCGCGGCUCCGGCUCCGCCUGCGGGACUCUAG